AUGUCUUUCCUGAGGAAUUUCUUCGGCACUACCACCACGGCCCCUGAGGUCCAGAAGGAACAGAAGACGCCUGUUCGCGCCCUUCCUGCUUCUUGGUAUACCUCCCAGGACAUGUACGAGCUUGAGCGACGAUCUAUCUUCUCUCGCAAAUGGCUCCUCACUACACACAAGCACCGCGUCCCCAACGCCGGCGACUGGGUCGAGUACGAUGCUGCUGGCUUCAAGUUCAUCGUCUCCCAGGAUGAGCAGGGAAACAUCAAGGCUUACCUUCAUGACAACAACCUUUCUCCCGUUCAUGUGCACAUCGACCGCAAUGGCUUCAUCUGGGUCAACCUUGACUCCAACGAGACCCCCGAGGUCGCCUGGACCGACGACUUUGAUGGCGUCGAUGAACAGCCCCGUUUCGACUACUACAAUUUCGAUGAAUACGUCUUCGACCACACUUGGGAUAUGGAGGGUGACUUCAACUGGAAGAUUCUGGCCGAUAACUACAACGAGUGCUACCACUGCCUAGUCGCACACCCCGAUAUCCCGACCAUCGCCGACCUGAAUUCCUACUACGUCAAGACCAAGGAUGGCCACAUCCAGCACUACGGCGCCCAGCGCCAGGACCAGAUCGACAACGGUUUCCGGAUAGCCACUACCUACUUCUGGCCCAACGCUUCCUGUAACGUCUCUCCCAACUUCUUCUUCAUGCAGCGCUUCACCCCUGUCAGCCCAACCAAGUCCGUCAUGCGCUACGAAGUCUACCGCCACAAGGACGCCACCGACGAGGCCUUCACCCUCAUCAGCGACAUGUACAAGCGCAUCAUGUCCGAGGACAAGUACCUCUGCAUCCACACACAGAAGAACCUCAACGCCGGCGUCUUCGUCAACGGUCUCCUCCACCCAGACAUGGAGCAGGGCCCACUGCACUUCCAAAGCACCGUCCGCGAGGUCGUUACCCAGCACUUCAACAAGGAGCAAGCCGCCGGCCAUGAAAUCUGGCCCGCCAAGCCACCAGUUUCCGUUGAUGCUGCGGCUGUCGAUGAGACUGAUAUCACGUUCCGGACGGGGAUGGACACCUAUGCGGAUGCGGAUAAUUUGCAAGAGUCGUUGGCGAGUAACCUUGCCCCCGCGAUUGCUGUUUAG